GCGCACGGACGCUGUUCACCUUCCAUACCUUCCUCCCUCUCUCUCGCGUCAUCAAAUCCAAGAGCACCGAUCGCGCCGCGGAAUCUCGAUUCCCCCAGCGUCCAGGCGAUGGAGGCGAUGCAGGCGAGGGUGGAGACGUGGAUCAGGGACCAGCGGGCGCGGUUCCUCAAGGUGCCGUGGGGCCGCCCGCUGCUGCAGUGGCGGACGCGGUGGUGGCCCCCGCCGUGGGCCGGCCACGAGCGCCGGGAGCGGCGGAAGCUGAUCCAGCAGGAGUACGAGCGCCGCCGCAAGCAGCUCCACGACCUCUGCUUCGCCGCCAAGGCCGAGUCGGUCGCCGAGCUGCAGGAGAUCCUCUGCUGCAUGGUCCUCUCGGAGUGCGUCUACAAGAGACCUUCUACUGAGCUUGUUCGAGCUGUAAACAAAUUCAAGGCUGAUUUUGGAGGACAGGUUGUUUCUCUGGAGCGUGUUCAACCUUCAGCAGAUCAUGUUCCUCACAGAUACUUAUUGGCUGAAGCAGGUGAUACAUUAUUUGCUUCCUUUGCUGGUACAAAGCAGUACAAGGAUGUCAUGGCUGAUGCAAAUAUCUUGCAAAGUGCUAUUUUUCACGAUGAUAUGGACGAUUCUGAAAGUAUUGAAGGCACCGAAGCUGUCCAAGUUGAUGGUUCAAAGAAAAGUGUGGAAGGUUCAUCAAAUUCUGUCGGGACUAGGGUUAAGCAGCCAAAAGAUGUACCUAAACCAGCUGCUCAUCGGGGGUUUAUGGCUCGUGCCAAAGGAAUACCUGCUUUGGAGUUGUACCGUCUAGCUCAGAAGAAGAAGAAGAGGAAACUUGUUUUAUGUGGACAUUCACUUGGUGGAGCAGUAGCAGCAUUGGCUACGCUUGCCAUUUUGAGGGUAAUAUCUACUUCCUCUUCAUCAAAGGAAACUGAAAAAGUUCCAGUCAAAUGCGUAACAUUCUCACAGCCCCCUGUUGGAAAUGCCGCCUUAAGAGACUAUGUCAAUACAAAAGGGUGGCAGCAAUUCUUCAAGAGUUACUGUAUUCCGGAAGAUUUGGUGCCCCGUAUUUUAUCUCCUGCUUAUUUUCAUCAUUAUAAUUCUCAAGUGCCAUUGACACCUACUGAAGUUGAUCCUGAAGCUUCCCAUAAUCUAGUGAUGAAACGAGAGGGACCGCGAGAGAAAUUAAAGAAAGGAAACGACGGUGAACAGUUGGUUCUGGGAUUGGGCCCUGUGCAAAAAUCCUUCUGGAGACUUUCAAGACUUGUUCCCUUGGAAGGCAUGAUAAGACAAUUCAACAAGUUCAGUGGAAAGCACGUUGAUUCUUUAGAAACAUCUACUAAGAUUUCUGCGGUGCCUGAAGAUGAAGUAAUCGAAGCACAAUCUCUUGAGAUCCAAGAGGGUUCUGAUGGUAUUUCUUUAAAACCAUUCUCUGACACAGAUAAGGGGUCAUCGGAUAUGACAAUGUCUGGAAAGAUGAUGGAAAAUAAUGGCAAGAAAGGUGGGGAUAGCAGGACAUGGCGCAGGGUGCCUUAUUUACCAUCAUAUGUACCAUUUGGGCAGUUGUAUCUUCUUGGCAAUACAUCCGUGGAAUCACUGUCAGGAGCGGAGUAUUCGAAGCUGACAUCGGUUAGAUCUGUGAUUGCGGAGCUAAGAGAACGGUUUCAAUCCCAUUCUAUGAAGUCUUAUCGAUCUCGAUUUCAGAGGAUCUAUGACCUUUGCAUGAGCGAUAACGCCUUAGCUUUUCUAGGAAGAGAACAAAUGCAGCACUUCCCUCAUCUACAGCAAUGGCUAAGUCUUACUGCUGCAGACACUGUAGAGCUGGGGCAUAUUGUAGAGGCCCCAACCAUUUGCUCGGCUACUUCAAUUGUUCCUCUUGGUUGGAGUGGUAGUCUUGGAGAAAAGAAUGGAGAACCAUUCAAAGUAGAUAUCACUGGCUUUGGUUUGCAUCUGUGCACCUUUGUACAUGCUCAGGUGAAUGGUACCUGGCGGUCAACAACGGUGGAGAGUUUUCCAUCUGCCCCAUCAUAUUCUUCUGGUCAUGAUGACCAUGAAUUACAAAAGAUGCGAGUCUUAGUGGGUUCUCCAUUGAAACGGCCACCACAGCAUCAGAUUGUUGUAGAUCCUUUGAUGCCCCCAUUUUCUUCGAUCCGUUCAGAAUCUGUUAAAAUGAAUGUUGUGCAAAACUCAGAUUCAUCAAAGGAAGGGAAUAUCACAUGUCUAGCUGAUCCAAUUGAUUUAUGUAUAUUUUGCACAAGCGACUUUGCCACGGUCUCCAGGGAGGUUCAUCUUAGAACUCGAAGAGUCCGACUGCUUGGCCUUGAGGGUGCCGGUAAAACUUCUCUUUUCAAGGCAAUAAUGGGACAUGGCAGAACAAUGACAAUUGCUAAUAUUGAGAGUCUGCUUCCAGAGCCUGAUGUCCAAGAAGCCAUUGCUGGUGGCAUUUGUUACUCGGACUCUGUGGGAGUUAAUCUUCAGGAGCUGAAAAUGGAGACCUCGCGAUUUAGGGAUGAAUUAUGGAAGGGAAUCCAUGACCUUAGUCGGAAGACAGAUUUGAUUGUGCUUGUGCAUAAUCUCUCCCAUCGAGUACCUCAAUCUAACACUCCAAACGGAAUGGAGAAGAGGCCAGCUCUCUUAUUCUUGUUAGACGAGGCUAAAGCUCUUGGAAUCCCUUGGGUUCUUGCCAUAACAAACAAGUUCUCCGUCAGUGCCCACCAGCAAAAGGCAGCCAUUGAUACUGUUCUUCAUGAGUAUCAAGCAACGCCAAGCCACACUGAGGUUGUCAAUUCCUGCCCUUAUGUCAUGCCUGAUGCCGCAACCGCUUCUCUGUCUUGGAGCGCAGCUACUGGAAGUUCUGAUGGGCAAGUGAAUACACAAAGGCGAAUGUUUGCUCCAAUGAGUUUUAUCAGGUUGCCUUUCCAGAGGAAGGACACUGUUUUUCCAGUUGAGGGAGUAAACUCUCUGUGUCAUCUUAUCCAUAGAGUGCUUCGGAGCCAGGAGGAAGCCUCUUUAGAGGAGCUUGCAAAAGAAAGACUUGCCGUAGAAUUGGCUCGAGAGGGCGCCUUGUCAAUUGACACAGGCCGAGAUUCUCAAGGUAAGUCCUCUCUGUCAGCUGCCACUGUUGGUGCUUCUCUUGGAGCGGGUCUUGGUCUUGCCCUGGCUGUGGUCAUGGGUGCGACAUCUGCCCUGAGGAAGCCGUAGGAUUGAUACGUCCCGGCGUAUUCUCUUGUGGCUAGCUGUUUAUCUAGAUGUGUAAAGUAUGAUUUAUGGUAGGAGAUGAGGUAGGCUCGAGGUACUAGCUGCAAUUGGCCGGCCAUUUAUUUAUUCUAUUUAUGUAAAUCAUUCACUGCCAAGAAGGGUGCGUUUGGUAA